CUUGACAGCUAGUCGGCAGCCACUGGUCGAAUUUCAGGUGCACUUCGCACUCACUGCUUCCAAUAGAUCUCGUAGUAGGUGUUGUAGGAUUUUUCAGAGUGCGGACUUCUUUGUAAAAUUGCAGUAGAAAUCGAUAAAAAAUGUCAACCACGCAUAGGCAUCGAUAUAAAAAUGCUGGGCUGGAUUCGUCAGAAAUGCGUCGAAGACGCGAAGAGGAGGGAAUUCAACUCAGAAAACAGAAACGUGAACAGCAACUGAUCAAGCGGCGAAAUGUCGACGUACCUGUGUCCAUGGAGAGCGACAUCAUCCAGGAACAUGAGAUGACAAUUGACAAUCAGUCAGUCAUUAAAAAGGAGAUGAUCGACCAGCUGUACAGCGAGGAUGAGGCACAACAAGUGAUAGCCACGCAAGUUCCGAAACUUCUGUGCCGGGAUCCAAACCCCCCAAUCGAAGAAGUCAUCAAGACGGGAAUCGUCCCGCGAUUCGUUCGCUUUUUUGAAGAACCACAACACUGCACCUUACAGUUUGAAGCUGCUUGGGCCCUCACCAACAUAGUAUCAGGAACAGCUCAGCAGACUAGAGUGGUGAUUGAAGCUGGCGCCGUGCCGAUAUUUAUUGAAUUACUUUCUAGUCCUCACGAAGAUGUACAAGAGCAAGCCGUCUGGGCUCUGGGAAACAUUGCAGGCGACUCGCCAGCUUGUCGAGAUUAUUUAUUAGGUGCCGGCAUUUUAUUACCACUUUUACAAGUUUUAAGUAAUCAGGAGCGUCUAACCAUGACCCGAAAUGCAGUUUGGACUUUAUCUAACUUGUGCCGGGGGAAAAAUCCGCCUGCAGAUUUUACGAAAAUUGUGAAGGGUCUACCGAUAUUGGCAAGACUAUUGAAUCAUCCUGAUGUUGACGUUUUGAGCGAUACGUGUUGGGCAAUUAGUUACCUAUCAGAUGGCCCCAACGAUAAAAUUCAGGCUGUUAUCGAUGCUGGUGUUUGCAGGCGUCUGGUCGAAUUACUCAUGCACCCAGAAACGAGUGUUGUAACGGCUGCUUUACGUGCCGUCGGUAACAUAGUAACGGGGGAUGAUAUACAAACACAAGUCAUUUUAAAUUGCAAUGCAUUGCCUUGCAUACUACAAUUGCUGAACUCCGGGAACGCAACUGUGCGGAAAGAAGCUUGCUGGACGAUAUCAAAUAUUGCCGCAGGCAACCGGCAGCAGAUCCAGGCUGUUAUAGACGCUAAUAUAUUUUCAGUUUUAAUAACCAUACUCCAAACUGCGGACUUCAAAACUAAGAAGGAGGCGGCAUGGGCGAUUACAAAUGCAACAAGCAGCGGAACUGCUGAACAAAUUAGAUAUUUAGUGCAAGUGGGCUGUAUACCACCAAUGUGUGAGUUUCUUACCGUUGUCGACUCGGACAUUGUUCAGGUAGCAUUGAAUGCAUUAGAAAACAUACUGAAAGCAGGCGAGAAAUGCAACACGCGACCUAAUCCUUACGCGAUAUUAAUAGAAGAGUGUUCAGGCCUAGAUAAGAUAGAAUAUUUACAAUCUCACGAAAAUCGAGACAUUUAUCAUAAAUCAUUUAAUAUCAUCGAACAAUUCUUCGGCAAUGAGGAGGAAGAUCGCAGAGUGGCACCGACUAUGGAAAAUAAUCAGUAUCAGUUUAACCCGGAAAAAGCAGCCCCGCAAGGUGGAUUCAACUUUUAGUGCGGCCAACAGGCUUUAAUGACGUACUCGAUAGAAUGGAACGGCUAAGUUAACUAACUAUUCAGUGUAACGCUCUCAAAGACACCUUUAGCAAACCAACACCACGCAUCCAAGCGAGAUAUAGAAAGCAGUCACCGCAUUAUUGAAAGAAAUAGGCAUUGGCGAAUUAAUGAAAUGAAGAAUUCAAAUUUAUCUUACCUAUUUACUCUGGAUAUAAUUUAUUUUCAGUUGUUUUCGGCUAACACCCGUUCAUGUUACUACACACAAAGAAAAGAUGUGAAAUGAAGCAUGUUCAUUUUGAGUAUUUGUAUAAAAAUAUAUAUAAAUAUGUACCAUAAGGUGGA